CUUAAUUUGAUUUUUUAAGAUGUUUUUUUUUCCAUUUGUAUAGCUUCAUAACAACUUCAUAAUAACUUAGUUUUCAAUCAUGACAACAAUCAUCAUACAUUUCAGUAUUAGUAAAAUACGCUAAUAACAGAGCUCUAUAAUGUCCUAUAGGGAUGAGUAGGGAUCUCAACUCUUUUGACACAUAACAUCACCCACCAUUCCAUUCUAUGACAGGUUCCAGAGCUAAGGAAGCUUCUUGGAUAGACUAAAACCAGUCCAGCUGCCUACAAUAUAGCACUUAACAUGUUAAAAUUUGUUUUUAAGAAUGUCCUUUUUUAUGGUGCCGCAAAAGCAGGGGUUUUCAGAAAACACUUAUUAAUGUGUCAAUUAUCUGAUACUGAAACUUUAGAACAUUUAUUUUUCUUUUAUUGCCUGUAAUCAAGUUUGCUUACUGGAAAUAGUUUAAAAAUCUGAAAAAAAACAACACCUUUGACUUCCAAAUUUAGAAUAUUAUGAUAUUACAUUUGGUGUUAAAAUGGCGGAUUAAAGGGGGGAAAUGAUAUGAUGAGACAGGCAAGCAAAAUGUCCCGUCGAAUGUAGGCCACUUUUACGAGCUUACCCAAAGGCAACUGUCACCCGCUGUGAACUCUGGGUAAUGCAGUGUUUCUAUGUUGUGAAGUCGCGAAGCUAACACCGUCGAUGUUGACUGGGAACGGCAGCUCCGCAUGAGGCAGGAUGAUGAAGGGGAAGACAGUGAUAGUGACCGGCGCUAACAGCGGCAUAGGGAGAGCCACCGCAGCCGGCAUUGUGAAGCUCCAGGGCCGCGUGAUAAUGGCCUGUCGGGACAUGAGCCGGGCAGAGGAGGCAGCUCAGCAGGUCCGGCAGGAGACCGGAGCAGACAGCACACAGCUAGUCGUCAAACAGCUGGACCUGGCCUCACUCACAUCUGUCCACGCUUUCUGUCAGGACAUAAUAAAGGAGGAACCUCGCUUAGACGUGCUGAUCAACAAUGCAGGUAUCUACCAGUGUCCUUACACCAAGACGGAGGAUGGCUUCGAGAUGCAGUUCGGGGUGAACCACCUGGGACAUUUCCUGCUCACCCACCUGCUGCUGGACCUGCUGAAACACUCGGCCCCUAGUCGCGUCGUGGUCGUCUCCUCCAAACUCUACAAGAGCGGUCACAUUAACUUUGAGGACUUGAACAGUGAGCAGAGCUACGACAAGGCGUCUGCGUACAGUCGCAGCAAGCUAGCCAACCUGCUGUUCACCUGUGAGCUGGCCCGUCGGCUGGAGGGCAGCGGUGUUACGGUGAACGCCCUGACUCCAGGCAUCGUGAGGACGAACCUGGGGAGGCACGUUCACGUCCCAGUGUUAGCGAAGCCGCUGUUCAACCUGCUCUCCUGGGGCUUGUUCAAGAGCCCCGAGGAAGGAGCUCAGACUUCAGUGUAUUUGGCCUGCAGCCCGGACGUAGACGGUGUGCAGGGCAAGUGCUUCGCAGAUUGUCGGCCUCAGACUCUGCUGGACAAGGCCACUGACCAGGAAGUGGCCAGUAAACUGUGGGACAUCAGCGAAGUCAUGGUGGGCAUAACCACAUAAGAUUUGAAUUCAAUUCAAGCAUGUUCACUCGGUAAACCUAACCUGACAGAGACAGGUGAAUUGCUGUAUUCCUGAAAUAUUCUACAUAUUCAGUUCCUUUUUCCUGGACAACGUGGAGUGUUGACAUCAGUCACAAAGCACACUGAUGUCACAGAGAUGCUUUUUCUGCCAGCUAUGGAUGCACUUUGUAAAAUAUGGCCAAAGUUUUAGUUUGAAACAAAAAAAAACUAACAUUAUCAACAGAAUGAGAAGAAACAACAGCGCUGAUGUUAUGCCAGAGAUGUCUAUACAGAGUGUGGCAUUGGCAUGUUCACCGGCCCGCUCUCUCUUGUAAGAGCAGUGUGCACCAAUGAGUUAUACAGCCCCCACAGUUUGACCUUGAGUCCGCAACAUUUCAUGAACUCACUUGGCUUUACGUGUAAUCAAAUGACCAAAAUAAACUCACUCACCCAUGUGUCAAGAAAGGAAACAUUUUUUUUAAAAAUCUGUUAUCUAUUCAAACUGACCUCAUGUGGUCUUGGAGGCUAUGUGCAGACCCACUUCAGUGUCCAGUCACUCUCGGGCUGCUAAAUCCCCAUUACUUGCAAUGUCUCAGCCCAGGCAAACUCUAUUGCCACUGGCCCCCCGUAUUUUUGUAGCAACUUUGUAUUCUAGCUAUAUUUUACAAAUUGCACCUUUAAUUCACUGGCUAUCGGUAUGGUUACCAUGGUGUAAGCUGGAAAUAAUAAUACACAAUAUGGCUGCAGGUAUAGCAGGAGGUAACAGCAGGGAGCUGACAGAACAGAACUUGUGUGAUUCACAGUUUCACAUCUGUUAUAGUCGUCUUUAUAUUUUCAAAUUGUCGGGCUGACUCACAGAUGACUGGCAUUGUAUCCUUCUUUUUUAUUGCUUUGCUUUUAGGAAUAUGUCCAUGCUUUCCUGGAAAACCAUGUUUUCGUUUAAAGGGCUAUUUAAAUGAUAUGUAUUUUUUAAAUGAGUUUCUUCCUCAAGUCAUUGAAUGGAACAUGAGCGCACUACUUCCUGCCAAAGCUGAAACACAGUGGAGAGUCCCGUUUCUUUUUGUAAAAUGUGAUGAUGUUGUGUUUUUUUCAUGUACCAGUCAUUGUUUAGUUGCAUUUGAAUCAAAAUGUCAUGAUGGUGGAUUCGAUUUCUUUCUCAAAUGUUAAACAUUUUGAAUCUUGAGCCGGCUAAUCAUAGCACAAGUAAACAAAAUAAUAAAUCUGACUAGACGUUUGAUUUAUUUGA